AUCAUUUGAAUGGGGCGGAGGGGGGGAGGGAUUAAGGGGGGGGGGGGUGUUGGAUGUAGGCAAACCGCCUCUAAGUGGUGGAAAGACUACAUUAUAUACAUACACACACACACACAUAUAUAUAUAAGGGCCCACAUCCAAUAAGCAUUUUCCAGGAGGUACCAGCCCUGAUUUGCACACCGUUUACACACAUGACAGAAUGUAUAUAAGGCAUUAGACUCAGUGCACACUUCACGCCGGUACCCGAGGUAAUGGAGCGAUCUUAUUCCAGAGGUGAAUCUGAUGUUCGCGAGCAUCGCGCAUGCUGAGAACAAUCUUAUCUGGAUUUAUUUUCCAAGAGCAAGACUUUCCCGGCGUUUUACAGCAAGGAUUCUGUGCUGGGACGCUCUCACCCCAUCCCACCCUCCCUUGAUUAUUUUCGCGUUUUGAGAGGAUUGUAUUUUCUGAAGGGAAGAUGUUAGCGGCAGCGAGAGCAGGCGUAUUUCUGGCGUUGCUCCUCGCCCUGCCCGGCUCCUCUCUCUGCUUGGAGAGUCAGCUGGUCACUCCGGUCAGGAUGGAUAGCGCCUCCAGCUUCUUGCAGAGAGCCCGGCAGCAGGAUGUCGGCGAGGGGAGCGCCGCUUUCCUAAUCCGCGCCUUCGACCAGGAGUUCAACUUGAAUUUGGUGGCCGACUCGAGCUUCCUGGCGCCGGGGUUCACGGUGCAGGCUCUGUCCGGCUCUCCCCGGGCUGCCUGGGGCGCGACGCUCAGCCACUGCUUUUACUCGGGCUCGGUCAACGGCGAGCCGGGCUCCUUCGCCGCUCUCAGCCUGUGCGAUGGCAUGCACGGCGCUUUCCGCUCGAACGGGACCGAGUACCUCAUCCAGCCGGUGGGCAACGACAGCAGGAGCCCUCCCGGAGCACAGACCCACAGCACUCACCUUCUGCGCCGCAGGAGCGCUGCAGCUUCCUCGCUCAACGCCACCUCCAGAUGUGGAGUGAGUGGGACCUUUGCAAACAUGGAAGUGCUGGAGAAAUUUAAAGCAUCCCAUACCAUGGAUCCUACACCUAAAGUGGAACUUGUGGGUAAAAAGGCCAGUAGAUCCAAGCGUUUUGCAUCAAUACCCCGUUUUGUGGAAACCUUAGUAGUGGCUGAUGAGUCCAUGGCCACAUUCCAUGGCGAUGAUCUUAAGCACUACGUCCUAAUGUUAAUGGCAGUGGCCGCCCGGUUAUACAAACAUCCCAGCAUAUUGAACCCUGUCAGCAUUGUGGUAGUGAAGUUUAUGGUCAUCAAUCAUGAAGACAAGGGUCCAAAGAUUUCCAGCAAUGCAGCACUAACUCUGCGAAACUUUUGUGCGUGGCAGAAAAAAUUUAACAAGGCAAACGAUAAGAAUCCUGAAUACUAUGACACUGCAGUCCUUUUCACAAAACAGGACUUAUGCGGUGCGCAGACUUGUGACACGCUAGGAAUGGCAGAUGUUGGAACAAUGUGUGACCCAAAGCGAAGCUGUUCUGUUAUUGAAGAUGAUGGACUCCCAUCAGCCUUUACCACUGCUCAUGAGCUAGGCCAUGUGUUUAAUAUGCCACAUGACAACGUCAAGGCAUGUGAAAAUGUGUUUGGGAAGUUGAAGGACAAUCACAUGAUGUCACCAACCCUCAUACACAUUGACCGCUCUAAACCAUGGUCAGUGUGCAGUGCAGCCAUCAUCACAGAUUUCUUGGAUAGUGGGCAUGGCGAUUGUCUGCUAGAUGAGCCAAUGAAGCCAAUUACAUUGCCGGAUAGCUUACCAGGAGAAAGCUACAACUUGAACCGACAGUGUGAACUGGCAUUUGGGGUUAACUCCAAACCGUGCCCUUACAUGCAGCCUUGCAUAAAACUCUGGUGCACUGGAAAAGCCCGUGGGCAGCUAGUGUGUCAGACAAGGCAUUUCCCAUGGGCAGAUGGAACAAACUGUGGUGAUGGAAAAUUCUGUAUGAAAGGUGUUUGUGUUGCAACCCAUGAUGUGACAAAAUAUAAGGUCGAUGGCAGAUGGGGAAAGUGGGGACCUUAUGGAACGUGUUCACGCACGUGUGGAGGUGGUGUGCAGCUUGCCAAGAGGGAAUGUAACAAACCAGUACCUGCCAAUGGUGGAAGAUAUUGUGAGGGAAUCCGUGUCAAGUACCGUUCCUGUAAUUUGGAACCAUGCCCCGACAACGGAAAAAGUUUCAGAGAGGAGCAAUGUGAAUCAUUCAAUGGAUAUAAUGUCAAUACAAACAGACUUGCACCAUCUGUUGUUUGGGUUCCUAAAUAUUCGGGGGUAUCACCGAAAGACAAAUGCAAACUUGUUUGCAGAGCAAAUGGUACUGGAUACUUCUACGUUCUUGCACCCAAGGUGAGCGCACGGAAUAUUUUAUACUACAUAUUCAAAUGCCAACUGUCUAAUUUGUUUCCAUUCUGCAGACACGGAUAUAACUAUAUUGUGACGAUACCAGUUGGAGCCACCAGCAUCGAUGUCAAGCAAAGAGGAUACAGAGGCAUGACUAAUGAUGACAACUAUUUGGCAGUUAAAAAUGAGCAUGGCAAAUAUAUACUGAAUGGUCAUUACAUUGUUUCUGCAGUGGAGCGAGACAUUGUAAUAAAGGGAAGCUUGUUGAGGUAUAGUGGAACAGCAACAUCUGUUGAAAGCCUUCAAGCUUUUAGACCCAUCCAGGAACCAUUGGUCAUUGAAGUACUAUCAGUUGGAAAAAUGACUCCUCCUCGUAUUCGCUAUUCCUUCUAUCUACCAAAGGACAAUAAAGAAGAUAAAUCUUCGCAUAAUUCCAACAAAAAAGACACAAAAGGAAUCUUGCUGAACAAUGACAGUUUGAGCAAAUUAAAUAAAAUUGAUACACGACAAUCAGAUUAUAAACAAAUAAGUUAUAAAUGGGUGGUGAGAACAUGGUCUCAGUGUUCCGUUUCAUGUGGAAAUGGAUUGCAACAUAGAUCUGUUGAGUGUGAAGACAAUCAUGGUAAAAUAGCAUUUGAUUGUGAUACCACCCAGAAACCUGAAGUCAUACGGCAGUGUGGAGAUCCUUGUCCAGUGUGGGAGAUUGGCGGAUGGUCACCAUGCUCAAAGAGUUGUGGCAAAGGCUUCAAGAGGCGCAUCAUCAAAUGUAAAGCUGAAACUGGGCAUGCUUUGCCCAGAGAACACUGCAGUAUAAGGAAGAAGCCACAAGAACUAGAUUUUUGUAUGAUGAGACCCUGUUGAGAGUCAUUAGUGGGCAUUAAUUCAGAUAGAGUAGCCUUUAGAAAUGGCCAGUGGCCAUUGGUUUCCACCAACGUUUAGUGACAGUUAUGACUGUUACAUCUGAAUCCAAAUGGAAUAUUGAGAAAAAGAACGACUAUACAUUGGGAAAAAUGGAGACCUGUGCUGCAUAAUUGUGAAUGAAAUUACCUGAAAGUUACAUGUUGAAGUCUACCUCUGAAAUUUGUAAGUUGAUAUUAAACCUUUUCGGUGGCUUCAUUGACCAUGUAAGGAGUGAUGACUGCUUAUUGAAUACUUAAACAAUGCAGUUUGUCACCAAUUUGAAGCAGUCAAAAAUUUUAAUGGCUUGAUGAUCUUUUAUUUACCAUUGAGCACAAAAUACUACAGGGACCAAUGUAGGUACAGCUGCAAUAUAAUGCAGGGAUAAAUGGCCUAAUGUGAUAUAUAUUGAUGAUGCAAUGAGAAAAGAGGGUGACCAUCCUUCACUUCAGAGAUGUGGAAGUUAGUUUAUUUGUAAACGGGCAAUCUUAAGUGCUACUUUAUGAAAUAUAUUAGAUAGAUAACCUGUUCGUUGUGAAAUGUAUUAGAAUAUUUUACCCAGUAAUACUAUCGUAUGACUUGUGGAGUGACGUUUACUCAAGUUUAACUGGUGUCAUCAGUUAUGAAGUGUUACAUUCCAACAAAACUGUAUUUAUGAAAGAAAAGCUAGAACAUUAGGCUUGUGGUACAGUUCUGUAUAAAUGUAAACACUUUUGGAUGUUUCCAAAACAUGAGCGUUACAGUGUUGGUAGCUGAGCCUGUUUGUAAAAUGAUCUUUUCCAAAUAUCUCUUAGUAAACUACCAUGUUUUAUAUGUAAUAAUUUAUUCUGAGAGGAACAAUAUUCCAUGGUGCAUAGAUCAUUUUCUGUAUGCUGGUAACAUUAUUUAUUGUGUGUACUGGGUUCCAAAUGCAUCAAUGCAAGACCAAACAGACAACUUAAUUAUUAUUUUGUGGUAGGAUUGUAAGUAUGGUGCUAUUUGUUUUGUUCACCUUUGCACAUUUUAUAACCUUGCCUGUAACCAUUUGUGAUAAUUUUGGAAAACUUUCAGUUACAAAAAAAAAAGAAACGUGGAACUGUUUCAUCUUCCCCUUUACAACAAUAAGAAAAACUGAAUUAUUAACUAUUGUGAAUGGGUUUCUAAAAUGCAAGGCCACUUCAUAUCAAUGGUUUGUUCUACUUCCCGCUUUGUAUUGUGGCAGUGCUUCUUUUUAAAAAAAAACAACCACAUCAUAUAUGCCAAACUCUGUAAUCCUUUCACUUGCAUUUUGGUUGGGAGGGAUUGCAGUUACUGUUCUUCCAUCUAAAAGAUGGUUCAUAUGUUAGUGGGAUUUAUUUUACACUUUUGCAUUUUUAAAUUGCAGAAGGCAUAAAUACCGUUUGUUGGCUGUUAUGUAUACCAUGUAUACAUUUGUUCAAUUGUGCACAAAUAAAAUUGUAAAUAUCUAUGAA